AUGAAUCCGCUCAUCACAUCUGCCUUCCUAGAGGUCCUCGACAUUAAUGUCAUUGUUGUUGAUUGGAGUAGCCUCGCAAGUUCCUAUUACAUUUCAGCUACUUACGGUCUCCCGAGCGUGGGCCAAUAUCUUGGCAACUUUUUAAAAUGGCACGUUGAAACUGCUGGUGGAGACUGGGAUCGCGUUCAUUUGGUAGGUUUUAGCCUAGGGGUGCAUGUCGUUGAAAUCGCUAGUCGCACAAUUCGUGGAAAACCAGCACAUGUGACAGGCCUCGAUCCCGCCGGGCCGCUGUGGUAUCAAAAUAAAAACGGAUUAAAUACUGACUCAAUAUGUGCUGGCAAUGCAAUACCCUUUGUGCCCGGGGAUAAUAGCCAUUACAUGGAAGGUGAAAGCCGCUACGUCUGGAUACCUGACGGAGAUGGCGUACCCCACCUAGUGGAUUUGGAGGAACCAGUCGACGAGGAACUCCUAAGAAAUAGAAAUGGCGCAAACAAUGAAUACUGGCUGUUCACAAGAUCAAACCCCAUCAACCGUCAAGUCAUUGUACAUGGUAACGCAAAUACAAUCAGCAACUCCAACUACAACGGAAAUCGACCCAUUUUCGUUAUUGUUCAUGGAUGGAACAACGAUGGGAACAGUGGGAUGAAUCCUCUUAUUACGUCAACCGUCCUCGCUGUUCAAGACGCAAACGUCAUUGUCGUUGAUUGGGGUGCAGUUGCCAGCUCUAGCUAUGUUACUGCCGUUAGCAGCGUUCCCAAUAUUGGCCGACACCUUGGUAACUUCUUAAUAUGGCUCAUCAACACUGCUGGCGGCAAUUGGAACAAUGUUCACUUGGUUGGCUUCAGCUUAGGAGCACACGUUGUCGGCAACGCUGGCCGUACUGCCGUAGGACUACCUGCUCGUGUUACAGGAUUGGAUCCCGCCGGACCUCUAUGGAGUGGUAGCUCAAACGCUUUAAACCGUAAUGACGGGCAGUAUGUAGAAUCCAUUCAUACCGACGGCCGUAUUCUUGGUAUUAUGGAUGCGAUCUCUGACGCUGAUUUCUACCCCAACGGUGGUAGAAACCCACAACCUGGUUGCUUAACAAGCUCGUGCUCGCAUGGACGUGCGCCUGAAUUUUUUGCAUCGAGUGUUCUGACAAACCACUUUGUAGGCAGAUUGUGCUCAAAUAUCAACGAAGCCGAGGCCUCUACAUGCAACGGUGCUGCAUUCAAUAUGGGCAAUGCAAUCAUGAACAAACGAGGGUAA